CCGUCACCCAGCUCUUCAAGUCUAUUUUGAUCAUCAGUGUAAACUUUUUUUUUUUUUUCCAUAAUUAUCAUCAUCAACACCAUCUUCGAUUCCAAUUACUGUAAAUUGAGCUAUGUUAGGGCUUGAGUUUUUGUUUUCUCUCGUCUUUAAUUAAACGUCUUUUUUUUUCUCCCUUUUUUUGGGCUGUUUAAGUAAAUUAGUUCUGUCUAAAGUUCCAUUAUUGGAAGGUUCCGGAAAUGGAGUCGCUGCGUUUUCACGACGGUAACAUCACCGACUUGAUCGAUUCUCGUAUUCUCGGCCUUCGUUCCGACAUUACUCACAGUUUGCAAGUGCACUCCUCAAUGGUGCGAAGGUUGUUCUUGGAGAGAGAAUUGGAGGGGCAUAGGGGUUGUGUGAAUGCUGUGGCUUGGAAUUCAGAAGGCUCACUUUUAAUAUCUGGAUCUGAUGAUACACAGAUUAACAUUUGGAGUUAUUCAAGCCGGAAGCUUUUGCACUCUAUUGAGACUGGGCAUUCUACUAAUAUAUUCUGUACAAAAUUUGUUCCUGAGACUUCAGAUGAGCUUGUGGUUUCUGGGGCCGGAGAUGCUGAAGUUCGGCUCUUUAAUUUGUCUCGAUUGAGUGGUAGAGGACUUGAUGAAAACAUGAUUACUCCUUCGGCAAUUUUUCAAUGUCACACCAGGAGGGUUAAAAAAUUAGCUGUAGAAGUUGGAAACCCAAAUGUUGUGUGGAGUGCUAGUGAAGAUGGGACUUUGAGGCAGCACGAUUUUCGGGAAGGUGCUUCAUGCCCCCCAGCAGGAUCUUCUCACCAAGAAUGUCGCAAUAUUCUACUUGACUUGCGUUGGGGAGCCAAGAAGUCAUUAGCUGAUCCUCCCAAGCAAUCUCUUGCACUGAAGUCUUGUGAUCUCAGUUUUACGAGGCCGCAUUUGCUCCUUGUUGGUGGGAGCGAUGCAUUUGCCCGUUUGUAUGAUAGAAGAAUGCUGCCACCAUUAUCAUCCAGUGAAAAGAAGUUGCCGCCACCUCCUUGUGUCAGCUACUUUUGUCCAAUGCAUCUUUCUGAUCGUGGGCGUUCUAGCAUACAUCUAACCCACGUCGCCUUUAGCCCCAAUUCUGAGGAGGUUCUUCUCAGUUAUAGUGGGGAGCAUGUAUACCUGAUGGAUGUAAAUCCCGCAACUGGAAGUAGUAUGCGGUACACGGUAGGAGAUAUCACAAAACUGACAAGCUUUACUCCCAUACUCAAUGGAGUGGAAUUGCAACAGUCAUUUCCUCGUGUCUGCUCUAAUGGAUCUAGUAAAGGCCAUGUUGCUGCUAGGCUUGACAAGUGCAGAAAACUGAUCCAGUUUGCUGGAAAAUCACUGAAGGGUGAAACAAGCUCUUAUGAUGGAAUUGAGGCUUGUAAUGAAGUUUUGGAUGGCCACGGUCAUGAGAUUGGACCUUCAUUAAUGCUCGAGUGUUUGUGUAUACGUGCAGCUUUGUUGCUUAAGCGGAAAUGGAAAAAUGAUGUUCAUAUGGCAAUAAGAGAUUGCUAUAGAGCUAGGAAAAUCAAUUCUUCUUCUUUGAAGGCACUGCUUUGUAUGUCUGAAGCUUUAUUUCAGUUGGGGAAGCAUAAAGAAGCGCUUGACUUUGCUUUUGCUGCCCAAACAUUGGCUCCAUCUGAUUCUGAAGUUCUAGAAAAGGUUGAGAAUAUAAAGAAUCUCAUAGCUGCAGCUGAAGCUGAGAAAAACAAGACUACCAAUGGAGGAUCUAAUUCUGAACCUCGAUCUGCAAGGUUACUGUCGUUGAGUGACAUACUUUAUCGUUCUGAGGCUAAUAGUGAUGCUUCACAAGAUGGUCCAAGGUCUGAAAGAGAAGAUUCAGAUUAUGAUGAGGAAUUAGAGCUGGAUUUUGAGACAGCAUUACCAGAAGAUGAAGGACGGGAUAUUGAGUCCAAUGUUCUUCAUGGGAGUUUAAAUUUAAGGAUCCAUAGGAGAGAUGAUGCAAAUAUGGAGACUGGACGUGCAAAUGGUUCUUGUGAAUCACCUGCAUCAUCGUGUCAAAAUGAUAAAGCACCUUAUGAGCCUGAGGCAGUCACAGACAUGAAGCAAAGAUAUGUUGGCCACUGUAAUGUUGGCACUGAUAUAAAACAGGCCAGUUUUCUUGGGCAAAGAGGUGAAUAUAUUGCUAGUGGAAGUGACGAUGGCAGAUGGUUCAUAUGGGAGAAGAGAACUGGUAGAUUAGUAAAAAUACUACAUGGAGAUGAUGCGGUUGUGAAUUGCAUCCAGUGUCAUCCAUUUGAUUGUGUUGUGGCUACUAGUGGAAUUGACAAUACAAUAAAGAUUUGGACACCUAGUGCUUCAGUUCCUUCCAGUGUAGCUGGUGGAGCGGCUGGGCCAGAGACUUCAGAUGUUCUAGAUGCAAUGGAAAACAAUCAGCGAAGGUUAAGUCAGAGUCGGGAAGCAAUCUUGCCCUUUGAAAUCUUGGAAAGAUUUCGGAUGCAUGAAUUUGCAGAAGGCAGCUUGCAUCCAUUCGAGUGCACACAGAGCUAGCAGCAUCCUAUCUCAAGUGCAAGUGUAACGAGCACUUCCAAUAGUUGAAAAGUCCACUCUUGCAUUCCUGUAGAUACUCUCCCUCGCUCCACUCUUAAAUAUUACAACAAUGGAAUACUAGCCAAAUUGCACUAUUUACUGAAAUACAACUCUGCACCAAUAGUAACAAAUGACGUUCUCUCUGAUCCUCAUUGAUCUCUUUGCAUGUGGUCGGAUGCUGGAUGUAAAUUUUUGGAGCAUGCAACAUUUAUCAUUCAGGGGGAACAGGGAUUGAAGUUAUUAUGUUGGUCAUUGUGGAUGCCAAUGAGACCUUUGUGAAGCACUUUGGCUUAAAGUUGUCAAGCAUUGUCUCUUCUUCGUUGUGUAGUUUCUUUCCAAAUUCUGUUGGCAGCUGAUUGCUGUCUCUUUGAGUCUUCUUUUUUGACCCUUAACGUUAUAUAUAUAUAUAUGUGUAUAUAUACAUAUCUGUUGCACUUUGUGCAUCACUGCUGUAUAUUGUAUCCUUAUUUUUGGUCGUGCAA